CGUGACCUAAUGUUUUGGUCGAGAAGGACGCUUUCAAAUGAAGCUUUGCCAGUUCUUCAAUUAGAUUUUAAAUAUUUUUCGCUUAAUUUGAGAUUUACUAUGAAGGAACAGCAACGUGUUUUUCUCUAACCUUUAUCGUGGUAGUUAGCGUCACACGUUCGCGUUAGAUCUGUGGUCUUUGUCUCUGUUAGCGCAGCAGCAGCAGCAUCAGUGGGACCAUGGCCUCAGUUGACAGCUUUCAGUUUUUGUACGGAGAAAUUGCUCGGUCAUGCAGCUCUUAUGUUGAAACCCUGGCUUUAGUUGGGGCUCUGUACACGGCCAGCAGAGCAAUAAUCCUCCUGACUGACUGUUGCACCUUAAUUAGGGUGCAUUUCCUCCCGAGGAUGAUCCCAACUAAGAAACUGACCCAGAGGUAUGGAGACUGGGCUGUCAUCUAUGGUGGAUCUCAAACUGUAGCCAAAGCUUAUGCUGAGGAGCUGGCCAGACACGGCGUAAGCAUUAUCUUUGUAACUCAGGACAGCACCUCCGUUAGAGAUGCUGCUGCAUCUCUCUCCCAGAGCUACGGAGUGGAAACCGCCAUCAUCUCUGUGGACUUCUCUCUGGGCGAAGCAGGGAGCAAGGCCAUCAAGGAAGAAAUGAGGGGUAAAGAUGUCGGCUUUCUGGUCAAUUGUAUGGAUGAGUCCCUAGCCUCCCCUCAGAGCCUCACUGAAACGCCUGAGCAGGUCCUACUUGAUCAGGUAAAUAGGACCAUCGCUUCUGCUACCCUGAUGACCCGAAUAGUACUGCCGGGAAUGCUGGAGCGCAGCAGAGGGGCCGUGAUUAAUAUAUCAUCAGUUGCUUGCUGCAGACCCCUGCGUGGAAGAGUGACACUCGCCGCUUUUAAUGGAUACUUGGAUUGUUUCUCAAGAGCUCUCCACUUGGAGUACAGCAGCAAAGGAAUUUUCAUUCAGAGUCUGAUCCCUUUCCAGAUAGCUUCAAGUGAGCAGCAGCCAACAUCAUCAUUACUGUCAUCAACAUCAUUAAGAGAAAGCUGGUUUGUUCCAAAGCCGGAGGUUUAUGCGCGCCAUGCCAUCUCUACGUUGGGCGUGUCUAACAGAACCACUGGCUACUGGCCUCAUACACUGCUGUAUGGACUGGUGAGGUGUAUUCCAGAGUGGAUUUGGCUUCUCGGGUCCCGGAUGCUCAACAGUGCAAGCUAAGAGCUUAAAAACCUGUGUGUUUAUUAGAUUGUGUUUCAAAAGUCAUGUUCAGUGAUGUGAAUUUCAGCUUCUUCUGCAACUAUUUGAUUUGAGGUUGGUUAUUUAUAGAUUUCAGCAGUUAUUUUGCUAUUGAUCUCAGAUCCAGCAAAUAAUUUUUCUUCUGAAUACAUUAACAUGUGCCCUGUAUUUCUGAAUUAUGGUCCGGUGAAAUAUAGAAGCAAAUAUAAAAAUAAAGAACGUGAAAAUACAUUUUAACGGUGGGCUGGACAUAUGCUUGAGUUAGGAUUGUAAACUUGUUAAUUGAAUGACCUUAUAUCCUGAUUGUAUUUGAGUUACGCUGCAUGCUUUAUACCAAGAACCAACAUGCACUUUCUGUGAUCAUGACUUAUUUAAAACCAGGAGCACUUAACCACAGUUUGAUGUUAAUUGUGGUAAAACUGAAUGUAAAAUUAUUGAUAUUGUACAUGCAAAACAGUCAACAUCUAAAUAAAAAAAAGGAUGCUUAAACCAUCCAUCCAUCUUCUAUCCACUUAUCCGUUCCCGGGCAGCAGUCUGAGCAGAGAUGCCCAGACUUCCUUCACCCCAGACACUUCCUCCAGCUCUUCCGAGGGGAGUCCGAGGCGUUCCCAGGCCAGCCGAGAGACAUAGACCCAAUCCCAAUACACCCCCUACUUUUCUUCACUAGCCCUACUUUCUUUCACUCCGCCCUUCUUUUCUUCACUACCCCUAAAAAAGAAGGGACAGAUUUUAGGGCACUUGAAAUCUUCCUAGGUGUCUGUCCCAAUACCCCCCCUUCCCCUCGUUUUCAUCCCUAACCCUAAUCAGGAAGCUGAGAGCCAAAAGCUGUUUUAAUUUCAGCUGUUAAUAUGCGACUUUAUUAAGUUUUAAUAUUUUUUCAGGCGUAAAAGUAACGGUUAAGAUCCCCAACCUGGGCUCAGUUUAUCCAAAUAAUGCCUGUUAAGAAAUUUGACACGAUGUUUUCGGAGAUGAGAAGAGCCGCCGGUCCCGGGGAGCAGCAGCAGCUCACAGCCGGAGUACAGACAUGAUCGUCCUGCGCCGUCCCGGGGGAGAAACCUGCAGCUCUGUUAAGAAUUACCGCUGGCUGAAAUAAAUCAUUUAGGAAGAUAAAUGUUGGUUUAAUAUAUGAAAUCUAAAAGUUGUAGCUACGCCUGUUAAGAAAUUUGCUCCGAAAAUUUCGAGAUUUCUGCCUGCCGGCUGAUUUAUGGGUCCGUGUUAAAUCGACGCAGAGCCUACGGCAUAGGUUACGUAACCUACGGCGUAGGUUACGUAACCUACGGCGUAACCUAACAGCCUUUAUUCCGGCGCGAUCUUCGCGAACAACGGACAAACGAGUGAUUAUGUACAUUCACUGAGUGAAUAUUAUGAAAGUAAAAUAUAUAUUUAUCGCUAGAAAUGUAAUCAAAACUCAUUUUUACGCAGAAACUAACUCAAAAUAUUGAUUUUAUUCACUAAAAAAUAAGAAAUGUCCGCCAUGUUUGUUUUUUUUUUAUUCAGUCCGCAAAUGACGACGAAAAGCAUUCUGGGACAUUUUUUGGUCCCUAGUGAGGAUCUGAAAUCCCUCGAUCCGUAGGGACAAUUCAUAGCCACUACCCCUCGUUUUCUCCACUCCCCCUAGGUGAAAAGAGGAAUUGGGACACCACUACCCUCACGGGAUCGCGCAAAAUUUAGGGGUAGUGAUGAAAACGAGGGGUAGGGGGAGUAUUGGGACAGGGCCAUAGUCUCUCCAGCGUGUCCUGGGUCUUCCCCGGGGUCUCCUCCCAGUGGGACAUGCCUGGAACACCUCCCUAGGGAGGAGGGACAUGCCUGGAACACCUCCCUAGGGAGGAGGGACAUGCCUGGAACACCUCCCUAGGGAGGAUCCAGGAGGAUCCGGUACAGAUGCCCAAGCCACCUCAGCUGACUCCUCUCAAUGUGAAGGAGCAGCGGCUCGACUCCGAGCUCCUCCCGGGUGACCGAACUCCUCACCCUAUCUCUAAGGGAGCGUCCAGCCACCCUGCGGAGGAAACUUAAACCAUCUCUGAUUAAUUUAACGUGAAGAGAAAGCAAUACUGAAGCAUCCUAGCCCUAAAAAUGACUCUGCACUGAGAAAGUAUACUUGGACACACAGUGAGACACUUUUGAUCUGCUUUUGUGUGUUUGUAUUCGAACCAAAGCAAUUUAGCCAAAUUUACAGCAGCUCUGAUGCUGUUAGCAUUUCCAGAUCAGUUUACAAAUACAGAUUCCAAAUCCAUGAGAUUUGGAAAAAAAAUGAAAUAUGUGAUAAAAAUACAUCAAUAUGUCAAUAUUUCUCUGUCAUCAUUAAUAUGUUGGUGUGGAAAAAGCUUUCUGCAUUGUGCAAGAUGAGCUAAAGGGUAAUUAUUGUGAAUUUAAAACCCAUCUCAUACUCCUAACCCUCAAGUACGAAUCUGAACACAUUCUUGCUCUGAUUAUUGUGUCUUUAAUUUAUCUGGUUCACUGCUUUAAUCAGAACCUGAGUUCAGCAUGUGCCAGGGAGGGUGUUGUGAAUAAAAUGCGUGUGUGUAAUGGCGAAGAGUGAAAGCUUUGGAAAUUUCUCUGUAUGAGGUCCAAGAAUCUAAUGGAGAAAAUUUGAAAUGCAGUGAUCAAAUGAUGUAGACGUGUUUUUUUUUUAUUUAUAUUUUUGUCUUUGAGAGAAUAUAUCGAAUAUUUGUCAUUUGAUAUUUUGAAAAGUAUAAACUGACUGUGUAAGUUAUUGCAGUUAACUGUGUUGAAAUAUUCAAGUUGUCAAUAUAGGACAGAAUUAAAAGAAUAAAACUCUUCCUCCAUUCCAACA